GCACAAAAAAUAGAAAAAGAAUAUGAUGCAAAUGAUGAAGUGGCAUCCAAAAAAGAAAAGUAAAAAGCAGAAACAAGUGUGUAUAAAUUUGGUUAUCCUUAGUCAGGUGGUGUCGCCGUUCAGUGUGUAAAGCAAAACAAGUGCAGAUGUCCUUGGCAUAUUCAUCUACCAGUACUUCUUCUCUCUUGGUACCCGGUAACGGCAGUUCUUUUACUAGAAAUGAUUUUAGAUUCAUGGGUAUCUCAAAAUUCCCAUCUCAUUAUCCUCUUCUCAAUUCGAAAGCCAAAGGGUCUCCCGUUAUAAGAUGCCAACCGAAAAUUACUGAUGAGCCAAAAACAAGGACCCUUCUAGACAAUGCAAGCAACCUGCUUACCAGUUUCUUAAGUGGGGGAAGUUUGGGCUCUAUGCCUAUAGCAGAAGGUGCUGUAUCUGAUCUGUUUAAUCGUCCACUCUUCUUCUCACUCUACGAUUGGUUCUUAGAGCAUGGAUCAGUGUAUAAACUUGCUUUUGGACCAAAAGCAUUUGUUGUUGUAUCAGACCCUAUUGUUGCAAGACAUAUACUUCGAGAAAAUGCAUUUUCUUAUGACAAGGGAGUCCUUGCUGAUAUCCUAGAACCAAUAAUGGGAAAAGGACUUAUACCUGCUGAUCUAGACACAUGGAGGCAAAGGAGAAGAGUAAUUGCUCCUGCGUUUCAUGCCUCAUAUUUGGAAGCUAUGGUCAAGUUAUUUAGUGAUUGUUCAGAAAGAUCAAUAUUGAAAUUUGAAGAACUUCUAGAAGGGGAAGAUUCUCAUGGCAGGGACACGAUUGAGUUAGAUCUCGAAGCAGAAUUUUCAAGUUUGGCACUGGAUAUUAUUGGCCUAGGGGUGUUCAACUAUGACUUUGGUUCUGUUAGAAAAGAAUCCCCUGUGAUUAAGGCAGUAUACGGUACACUUUUUGAAGCUGAGCACAGAUCUACUUUCUAUGUCCCAUAUUGGAAAAUUCCUUUGGCAAGGUGGAUAGUCCCCAGACAGCGGAAGUUCCAAAAUGACCUAAAAAUUAUCAAUGAUUGUCUGGAUGGGCUAAUCAGAAAUGCAAAGGAGACUAGACAGGAAACAGAUGUUGAGAAGCUGCAGCAGAGAGACUAUUCAAAUCUCAGGGACGCAAGUCUUUUGCGGUUUCUUGUUGAUAUGCGAGGAGCUGAUGUUGAUGACCGUCAGCUAAGAGAUGACCUGAUGACAAUGCUUAUUGCUGGCCAUGAAACAACAGCUGCUGUUCUUACUUGGGCUGUUUUCCUUCUUGCACAGAAUCCCCCAAAAUUGAGAAAAGCUCAAGCAGAGAUUGAUGUAGUGCUGGGUCGAGGGAGGCCAACUUUUGAAUUGAUUAAGAAAUUAGAGUACAUAAGACUUGUUGUCGUAGAGGCUCUUCGUUUGUAUCCUCAGCCUCCAUUGCUAAUUAGGCGUGCCCUCAAGACAGAUGUAUUACCAGGAGGAUAUAAGGGGGACAACAAUGGUUAUGCAAUUCCUGAAGGAACUGAUAUCUUUAUUUCUGUAUAUAAUCUACAUAGAUCCCCAUAUUUUUGGAAUUCCCCGAAUGAGUUUGAACCAGAAAGAUUUUUAGUGCAAAGAAAGAGUGAUGAAAUUGAAGGAUGGGCUGGUUUUGACCCAUCUCGGAGUCCAGGAGCAUUAUAUCCAAAUGAGAUUAUAUCAGAUUUUGCAUUCUUACCCUUUGGUGGUGGACCAAGAAAAUGUGUUGGAGACCAAUUUGCCCUUAUGGAAUCAACAGUAGCCUUGGCUAUGUUGUUACAGAAGUUCGAUGUGGAGCUGAAAGGCUCACCAGAAUCUGUGGAACUGGUCACAGGGGCAACCAUCCAUACCAAGAACGGACUCUGGUGUAAAUUGAAGAAGAGAUCUAAUGUCCAUUGACAUCUCUGUAGACAUCAAUAUGGCCUCUUCUUCUGCUAAGGGGUGAAGCUAUCAUCUCGGAGGCUCUAAGAUUAACCUGAUAAAUCAGUAUAGGUUGGGAAACCAGACAUUGGGGUACAAUUUUAUGUGAUAACCCUGCACGGUAAACAAGCAGUUCUAUGGGUCAAUUUGGCACACCUUAUGAAAAUAGGUUUCGCAUUAAAAGUUUGGAGUAAUCUAAUAUAUCUAUAUUAAAACUCAAACAACGAGAAUGAUUGAACCAAGCUUGCCAGAUAGAAGAAUGACAACAUAAUAUUUGACACUUUUUUAUAAAUAUUAAUUUACAAAAAAGAAUUCUUUUUCUUUUAA